GCGCGCCUUUUCUCCUCCCGGCGUUUCGCAAUCUGCUUCUCCGCAACUUCUCCGACUAUGGCCCUUCUUGCUCCAGGCCGCCCUCUUGCCUGAUAAAGCGAGCGGCGCCUCUCGUCACCGAAGGGGGUGGAAAGGGAAGGGGCCGCCGGGGUGGCGGCGCGAGCGAGCCUUUCCUGCCUUUCCUCCCGUUGAGGGAGGGGCUUUAGGGCCGCCCCGCCGCCGCCCGACCCGCACCCGCGACCAUGCGGCUUCUGCUCCUGCUGGCGAAGGGGAAGGCCCGCCUCGCCCGCCAUGCUCUCUCCGUCUCCAUGGCCUCCUUGCUGUCCAUCUCCACCCGCGGCCGCAGCACCGUCACGGGGAAGCAGGCUGAAAACAGAACCAGGUGGAAUAACCAUGGCAAAGCCUCUGGGAAUAUUCUUUUCCAAGGCCUCAUCCUAGGAUUGUUUGCCAGUGAGAAAGAAAAUGAAGCUUCUCAGUUUACCAGUGCAGGAGAUGCCUUUGACAAGGUUGUGUCUGGAAAGCUUAGUGAGUUGUUGACAAUUUCUGGACCUCCACUGAAGAAAGGAAAGACACGGAUCUUUCAUGGCUUGCAUCAGGACUUUUCAAGCAUAGUAGUUGUUGGCUUGGGUAAGAAGGGAGCAGGAGUGAAUGAUCUAGAAAACUGGAAUGAAGACAAGGAAAACAUACGGACAGCUGUUGCAAUUGGAUGCAGGCAGGUUCAGGACCUUGAGGUCACUAGCGUAGAAGUUGAUCCUUGUGGAGAUGCUCAGGCUGCAGCUGAAGGAGCUGUCCUUGGACUCUUUGAAUAUGAUGAACUGAAGCAAAAAAAGAAGCCUGUGGUUGAAGUUCAGCUACAUGGAAGUGAUGGAACUGAAGCCUGGAAGAAAGGCCUUAUGUAUGCAAAGGGCCAGAACUUGGCCCGAUACCUAAUGGAGGCUCCAGCUAACUAUAUCACACCUACCAGAUUUGCUGCUGUUAUUGAAGAGAAACUCAAAAGUGUUGGUAGCAAUGUGACUGUACAUAUCAGGGAUAAAUCUUGGAUUGAAGCACAACAGAUGGGAUCUUUCUUGAGUGUUGCAAAAGGCUCAGACGAACUGCCAAUCUUCUUGGAGAUUCAUUAUAAGGGCAGCAGUGAUGCCAAUGAACCUCCAUUGGUAUUUGUUGGAAAAGGAAUUACUUUUGAUAGUGGUGGCAUUUCUAUUAAGCCAUCUGCCAAUAUGGAUGCCAUGAGGGCUGAUAUGGGAGGAGCAGCCACCAUCUGUUCGGCAAUUGUGACUGCUGCAGAAUUAAAGCUACCCCUUAAUAUAAUUGGCUUGACACCCCUUUGUGAAAACUUACCCAGUGGAAAGGCAAACAAGCCUGGAGAUGUGGUGAGGGCCAUGAAUGGCAAAACAAUUCAGGUUGAUAACACCAAUGCCGAAGGAAGAUUGGUGUUGGCUGAUGCUCUUUGCUAUGCUCAUAGUUUUAAUCCAAGGGCCAUCGUAGAUGCUGCCACAUUAACAGGUGCCAUGGAUGUAGCCCUAGGAUCUGCAGCCACAGGCGUUUUUACCAAUUCAGAUAAACUGUGGAACCAUCUGUACAAGGCAAGUAUUCUGACAGGGGACCGUGUUUGGAGGAUGCCUCUCUUUGAACAUUAUACAAAACAGGUUACAGACUGUCAACUUGCAGAUCUCAACAACAUUGGAAAAUACAGAUCUGGUGGUGCAUGCACAGCUGCUGCAUUCCUGAAAGAAUUUGUCACUGUCCCCCAUUGGGCUCAUUUAGAUAUUGCUGGUGUGAUGGCAAAUAAAGAUGAAGUUCCAUACCUUCGUAAAGGCAUGGCAGGACGGCCCACACGGACUCUGGUAGAGUUGGCUACUCGACUGAGCCAGGACAAGGAAAGCAUCUAGAAGUCUUUCAGUUCUGCAGUUCUGUAAUCUCUAGUCUUAAAAUUAGUAUUACAUUGAGUAUAAUUUAAAUUUGCUGAAGUGAUGUAAAAAUUAGAAAGUAAAAUUAGAAGAGAGAAAAUAUAUCCACAGCAUACUUUCUGAAUAUUUUAGAAACAACACCACAAUGGACAGUAAAAUGAUUUUGUACUUAUCUUGUCUGUUUAUAAACUACUGAUUAAAAGACAUCCCAAAAUUCUAUUUGUACAUUUGCUGUUGAAAGACUUAUCACUUUUAAGUAAUGAGAAACGUGCAUGAAGUGGAAGAUUUAAAAACUACCACAAGCAAUAAAUAUAAAUUUGGUUAUCAAA